AUGGGGCUGUCAAGGUUGAUCGGAAUGAAGGCAGCGGUGUUGUUCUUGGGAUUCCUGUGCACUAGGAACUCUGGAAUCGCCCUGGUUCCUGUGUUUCUUCUGCACGCCUCUUUGGUCUCGUCGUUGGUCGCCAUUACAUCCCAUCCAUCCCUAAAUCUUCCUCUGCUCUUGGGAAAGAGUUCGGAUGGGACCUUUCCACUCUGGUCCAUCCUCCUAUUCGCCCCCUACCUAGUGUUUAUCAGGAUCUUUGUGUUCCUGAGGAGAUUGAAGAGCAGGGAGCCGGUGUACAGUGAAAUCAUCCAAGGGCUGUACGUUGGAGGAUGGCCUUCUUCCCCCCAUCACUUGCCGCCCGGCGAUCCUGCAGUGAUUGAUUGCACCUGUGAGCUUCCCAGAAGCUCGGCUCUGUCGAGCAAUGCCUACCUGUGCGUUGCUACAUGGGACACAAGGGCGCCGCGGCCAUCAGAGAUCGAAUCGGCCGUCCGCUGGGCGUGCAGGAAAAGAGCUCAGAACAAUCCCGUGUACAUCCACUGUGCUUUUGGUGGGCAGCCUCUCCUUGGUCCAUAUCUUCCCACCUCCGAGUAGUUCUCGCUGAUGUUUUCUUCUUGAUCUCAUGUUUCGGAGUUUUUUUCUUUGGGUCGUCGUCUUCGACUUUGUGAAGUUGGAUUAUCAUCUUCUGCUCUGACUUUGGCUGGGCGGAUGAACACCGGUGCAAUGACAGGCCACGGGCGAAGCGUCUGCGUGAUGUGCGCUCUCCUGGUGGCGCUGGGCGCCGCCGACGACUGGAAGGCGGCGGAGAGGAUGAUCAUGGAGAGGAGGCCCUUCAUCCAGAUGAACGCCCUCCACGGGCAGCAUCUGGAGGAGUGGUCAAGGCACCGGAUUUCUCCCCCACCCAACCGGCGAGGGGCUCUGGGCUCCGCCCCUCUGCCCGGGUCUUCUCUGUGA